AUGAUCAACAAUAUAUCAGACCUGGGAUUGUACAGCGUUCCACUGCUCAUCCAAUCAAUCCCUGGGCUCCUAAUAUCACUCGGAGGCUUGGUCAUGACGGGCUCGGCAUUGGCACAGGCUUCGCAAAAUGCCAAGCUCGACGGGAUUCCAAUCCUUCUCGAGACAAACUGUAUCCUGGCAUUCAAAGGAAACAUCGAGCUCAUAUUUGCGCUCUACCUCUCCUCUCUGAGCCAAUCGCCAGUUUUCAGCUACAGAAAAUACUUCAGAUACAUAUUCGACAACUCAAACCUUGUAAUUGCGCAAUCCGCAGUUAUAGGCCUGGUCAUAGGCCUUCUUGGAAUCAUCAGCAACCUCCUCAUAGGCGAAACAAGCAUCGAGGUAAAUGUUGUGGUGCUGACUGCAUCGCUGAUUUCGUGCAUCAUAAGCUCAAUUCUGUUCAUAAUGCUUCUUGUCACUUCAAUAGAGGCAUCGAAGCUCCUUGAGAUCAAUCCAGACAAUAUCAUCCUUCCAACAAUAUCGUCGUUGGGCGACUACAUAAAUGUUCGCUCACUGAUAUACCUUGCAUCCUGGCUCAGAACCAUUCCCAUCCAAUCAUGUCUUGCAUACCUUCUUGUCUCAUCAUCAAUAAUCCCAUUCUGCCUGUGCUUUGCACUCACCAGCAAGAAAAGAUUGCCGCUGCAAUCAAUAGAGGUGCUGCUGACAACAUAUGCAAUCAGCACCAUCAGCGGCUAUGUUCUCGAAAGCUUCAGAAAGGUGUUUCCCAUCCUGACUCCUUCGUUUCCGGUGUUCAGCGGAAUGUCCGUAUCAAUUGCAUUCAUUUACUUGCAUAAGAUAUUCACAUCAAUCAGCAACCACACAGCCCACAACAGCAAGGAGUCGCAUGCAACACUAGUUUUGAUCUCAAUCCUGAUGUCUACUAUGUACCUGGUGACGUCAUCAAUCAUGGGCCCGAACUAUCCAUACUGCUUCUACAUUCUCUUUACAUUGUUCUUUGUUAUUCAGGUUACAAUCCUUCUGAAAGUCGUCACAUUCCUGAUAGAAUACCUCGACAAGUACGAGGACGAUACAGGAGUGCUUGCUCUUCCACUCAUCACAUCAAUCUCAGACGUGCUUGCAACAAUCUUCUUGCUGACAAUAUCCGCCAUCCUGCUAAUACUCAACACAGACAUCUCCAUUUAUUAG